UGUUCCAUAAACUCUCCCAUGCUUCAAGAAUCCCCUGGAAGAUACUUCUGCAGGCUUUAAAUACUGAUUUGACAAAUCACAUUUUACACACAGCCUGCCACUGAGAAAAUAGCCUACUACUACUAGCCCAUAGCUUGCACAACACACCACAGCACAGACACACAGACACGAUGGGAACUGUGAGAGUGUUACUCUUCUCCGUUCUACUGUCACCGUGGGUGCUCUCCUUGACUGGGAAACACUUUAACCAGGAUUCAACCAUCCGACUGGAACAACAGGAUGUAUUGUUUGAUAGAGAAGCUUAUCUGGAAGCAAGGAGGUCUAAGAGAGAAGCAGCAGAGUUGUGGCUGGGAGAGGACUAUGACUCCAGCAUGGUCUUCCUGCCUGCUGAUGAACCAGACGAUGCCCCAGCCUCAGAGCUGCCCACAUGCCUGCUGUGUGUGUGUCUGACCGGCUCUGUGUACUGUGAGGAGGUCGUUCCAGAGAUGACUGCUGUGCCCACCCUGCCCAAGGAGACUGCCUACUUCUACGCACGCUAUAACAAGAUCAACAAGAUCACCAAUAAAGACUUCGCAGAUAUCGUGACUCUGAAGAGAAUCGACCUGACGGGGAACCUGAUCUCGGAGAUCCAGGACGGAGCGUUCUCCAAGCUUACCCUGUUGGAGGAACUCAAUUUGGCUGAGAACCAUCUGGUCAAGCUGCCCAUGCUGCCCGGCAAGCUCACAACCUUCAACGCCAACCACAAUCAUCUCAAAACCAAAGGGGUCAAGGCCAACGCCUUCAAGAAACUGAAGCAGCUGGUUAACCUGUUCCUCGGAGACAAUGAGCUGGAGGCCGUGCCAGUGAUCCCUGAGAGCGUUCGCAUUAUUCACCUACAGAACAACAACAUCACUGAUGUCACCACCGACACGUUCUGUAAUGGCAACAACACGUACUACAUCAGACCCAACCUGAUAGAGGUGAGGUUGGAUGGGAACCCAGUGCUGCUGUCCAAGUCCCCAGACAGCUUCACCUGCCUCAAGUCUCUUCCCGUCGGAAAGUACCGCUAAACAAAAGACUCCCCGGGGGGAAAGGUCUUCUGUAAGGUUGUGAAAUUUCGGUAACUUUUCCAAAAUUCCCAGGUUUUCCAGAAAUCCUAGUUGGAGGAGUCCUAGAGCCUGUUGAGAACAGACGUUCCGCUAGCAGAACGCCUAGCCAACAUCCAAUGGAACAGCAGGGCGCGAAAUACAAACCUCAAAAAUCUAAUAAUUUCAAUUUCUCAUUAUUUUAUUCUCUCACUAUUUUACAACCAUUUUAAAGAUACACUUCUCCUUAAUCCAACCACAUUGUCCGAUUUCA